AUGAGUUGCAUCAUUAGUAGAGCAUUGUCUAGAUCAAAAAAAGCAUUGUCCACAGCACUUCUUGUAUCAUUGAUUGUUAAUGAAGGUGGAAGGAUGACUUUUUCUAAAUCAAAGCAAAGUAAUUAUGCACUGAAAGUUCUUGUUGGGAAAAAACUUGUUAUGAAAGAAACAAAAUAUGACUCAGUAUCAUUUUCAAAAUUUUCACAGCUCCUUUGUCUAAAUCUUCAUGGACUUGUAAAUGACGCUAAACUGAGGAAAGAAAGGGUUGUUACUGUAACAAAGUCAAUGUUAAAAAAUGAAAUAUGUGAUGAGUCGUAUCUUCCUUGUGACAGGCUUCCAUCUAAAUCUUCUCAAAUAAAUGAGUGUAGAAACAGGGAGGCUUCUUUCUCCAAUGCACUUGCUUGGAUUUUAUUAAGUAAAGGAUAUUCGUUACAAUUAGGAAUAAACGCUUUAAAAGAGUCAUUAAAAGUAAUCCAUUUCUAUGUAUGGGAUUCCGCAAUUACUCCAAGUGGUAGAAAAAUUGUAAUCAAAGAAGAAGAAUUUUUUCUCAAACAAUUAAUCAACCAUGUCCAAAAGAAACAAGGAUGUACUAACUAUUCUUCAGUAUCUAUAGAUAGACUGGAGGUAUGUGCUUUUAGUACUAGAUCAUCUUAUUGUGUUUUCACCCCUGUAGAAAAAAGUAAAUUCUCUGUCUCUUAUCCUUUUAACUGCUACUCACAUCCAUUUGUUUGCUGA